AUGUUGAAGAAAGAUUAUGUGAAGAGAUGGUAUGGCCAGAUAAAGGAUGGUAAGAUAUUCAAGGAGAAUGCUCUUGGAAGAACAAGCAUUAUCAUAAGCAGUGACAAGAAGAGACUUAACACGGAUGAUCCAAAGAAGAAGGUGGUAAAGGACUUCUGUGUGACGGAUUACAAGAACCCAAUGAUAGGGCAAAAUCUCAAUCUGUAUGAGGUCCUAAAGCACGGCAGGAACACAGGGCUGCCAAUCGAUAUAGACAUAUUGGUGGAUGAUGAAGAGAGGGCCAAGGAGUAUGAGAGGAUGCAAUCAGAGGGCCAAUAUCCUCUGUUGGAUGAGAUCAUAGAGUUUGCGAAGAGCAGCAUUGACGUGAUGACAUAUGAAUUGGGCAUAGAGGGGCUGCAUGUAGACAACGUGAUAAUAUGUGAGUCAAAUGGCAGACAGCAUGCAGAGGCAAGGUACAAACUAUCAUACCAUGUGAUACUGCCAAUACACCUUGACUGGAGGUAUUGCAGAGACCUUAUGAAGAUAAUCGAUGUGCCUGUAACAGAGUUUGAAGUGAAGAUAAAGAGACAUUUACCAAGUCUACAGAAGAAUGUUAUAGACAUGUCAAUCUACAAACAGCAUCAGCAAUUCAGGCUUAUAAAUCAAUCCAAGAUGAUAUACCACAACAACCAAUACAUAGUCACACCUACAAUCAAGAGGGCCGUCAAACCACAAGGAGAGCCAUUCUACAAGUAUCUUGUGGGUGAAUAUGAAGAAUCAAACAGGUUCUCAAGGUUUGAUCCGAACAUAUUGAAUGGUAAAAAGAAGCCCUUCAAUAUAAGCCCUCCAAAGCGUGUCAAGAGUCCAUCGCAAUUAGACAACGGCACGUUCACCUACACAGGUAAGCAUACAUUGAAGCCUGACAUAAAUGAACACUUUGUCAUGUACCUCAUAAAGACCAUACAGAAUGACAUAAUCUCAAUCAAUACAUAUAACUGGAAGAAGCUGGUUUUAACAGUGACUAAUUUCUUGACAGAGACCCCAGAAGAGAUGUUCAAUGACCUACAGGGUUCAAUCCAUAUCAAAUAUGAGGACAGGGUUGAUGCUUUUCUAUCUCUCAUGACUGAAUGGACGCAUCAGGCCUAUCUAAAUCAUUGUCAAUAUCUAACAUGGGACAAGAUGACACUUCUAAACAAGUGUAAGGAGUUAAAGGUCAAGAGGUAUGGAAGCCUAUCAAAAGAGCAGAUGAUAGAGGAGCUUGAGAAGGUUUGUCCAACAGAGAGAACGGACGAUAUAGAGAUACACAAGAACAACAUCAAAUCCCUUUAUGAGACCAAACUAAGCUCAUUAUACUGUUUGCUAAACUCAUUCAACGAAAAUAAUGAACAAGAGAGGAUAACAUUGCAAGAGAUGUUGUCAAGACUGAAUAGCAUGCUCCAUAAGUCUACAUUGCAAUGGGCAGAUCCAAUCGGUAGCCUUGUAAUAAUUGCCAAGAUGUAUGACGAGAAUGUUGUUUCAUCGUGGCACAGACACAACCUACCAAAAAAUACAACAGUCAGUCUAGACUAUAUCAAGGAGCGGUUCAAUGUGCUGUCAUAUCCCUCAUUUGGAGAAAAGAUAGAAUCAGAUAAGACUUUCAUAGCUCUAUCGGCCUCAAUGGGAUUUGGGAAGACAGAGUACAUGCUCCAAGAUAUAGAAAACAGCGAUGAUAAUGUUCUGAUUAUAGUGUCCAACAUAAAUCUAGCAACCACUCUAAGGACAAGAGUGAAUGGGAUAAUGAUGGAGAAAUGGCUCCAAACAUUCAGUCUGUACAAUGACAUGACGGUUCCUGAUCGCUUCAAGAAAGGACGUCUCAUUAUCUCAAUCCAAUCCCUUAGCAAGUUAGAACGCUUCGAUUACGACUAUAUCAUAAUAGAUGAGUUAGAUGAGCUCACCAAUUCAUUGGUAAAUCCAACAACCGAUGAGAGAAAGAACAAGAAUGUUAGAGAGGAAAUAGUUAAUGUGUUAAAUGAUCUAUUCACCUACAGCAGCCUGAAGAGGGUGAUAUUUGCAGAGGCUCUAUUUAGAUUUAGCAGGGCCUCUGUAGAUUUUCUAUAUGACCUAUCCAAGAGGUUCAGCAAGCCGGUUGAUUUCUAUCAUACAGAUGAUAUCCGUUUCAAGCAGAGGUACAACCUACGGUGUGACAUCAGAAGGUACAAAAAAGAGUAUAAUAAAGAGCAAUACAAUGUAUCAGAAUACUUCUUGAAGAACAUCAUAAAGGAUGUGAAGAAUGGACAUAAGAUAUGUGGAGUGGUAGUCUUCAAGUGUAACAAGGAGCGGUUUGAAAAAGAGUUUGAUAAGCAUGGCAUUAAACAUCUGAUCAUCACAGGGGAUAAUAAAGAAGAACAUAACAAAUACAUCAAAAAUCCUAAACUGAUCAGCAAACACAACAUAGAUGUGUGUCUGCACACUUUCACUCUGACCACAGGCUUUUCAGAGGAGUCUAGAGAUUACUGGACCAAGAAGGCAGAUGCCGAAGGAUAUCAGAACAUAGAUAUAUAUUACAAGAGAAAUCCAGACUUUGAGCACACCUAUGUAAAGUUUAGGAAUCAGGUGGUUUCAGAGGACUAUCUCAAGCAUGUAAAGCAUCCUAGCAAGGAGUCUAAUUGCAACAUGGAGGAGGGCUUUAAAGAGAUGUUCCGCAACCUUAGGAUAAACAAUACAGAGAGGGAUCAUAUCCAGAAACCCUAUCUAAUAGAUUGUUUCAAGUACCAGGGAUAUACUGUGCUAUGA